GCAGUCAGUAUACGCGCAGAUUUGCUAAAGUGAAGAUCGAUUUCCUUAUGAGAUUCUCGCGAACGGCAGACCGGAUCGGAUUUACGAAUGUGAGAUAGAUGCGUGGCAGUCGUGAUUGAUUUAAUAACAAAUGCUGAUAACAAUCAGUUCUCACAUGUAAAACUCAUUACAGUCAAAUGAUUUGCAAAACCAAACUUCGUACAGCGUUCGUUCAUUAGACAGUUCAAACAGUGAAGAUGUGUAAUUGUAUGAGGACAGCAAUAGGAAUGGUUUACAUAGGAUUGAAUUCCUCAUAAAUAUCAAUGAAACGAUAAAAAACAAGCAAAUAAAUUGUAAUGUCACUGUCACUAAGUGUGAUAAUUUAAAAAGUUAAUCACUACCAACAGCAGUCAAGAAGAAUUUCUCCAAAUGAUUCAACAAAUGAGCAAUCAUUUCGCUUACAUUGUAACAUCAACAAUCUAUCUCAUCGGGUUCCAUCUUGCUGAGGCCCAGUAUUUGCAGUCACCUUGUCCGGAUAUAUUUACCUACCAUGUGAAUCCGGAAACGUACAAAACGUUUGGGAUCAUCCAAAUAAGCAACAUUCAAGUGGGUCAGACUGUGAAACUUAAUGUUGACCUCUCCAUCGGAACGCGACUAGAAAAGAACAACAUUGGUUCUAUUGACUUAGUCAAAUCACGGGAGGCUACCUUCAAUGACCUUGUACGGGGUCAACCUGCCCGGUACAGAAUAAACUUUCCGGUGCCCAACCAUGUCCCUACGGUGUUGUCGAUUGCAGUCAAUGGACAAACCAUAUGCACUGGCCAUCCUGCUCAGGGCCGUGUCGUUACAACAAUAAAUCUACAUCACACGUUAUACACUCAGGCCCACAGCAACGGUCCACAAUUUCAACGUCCAUUGGAGGGGAAUUCGGUUGGGUAUCCAACGCGGCUACAGCAUCCAUCAGGGGAUAUUAUUGAAAUCGUUAUCCAACCAGAAGAGCCUAAUUUCUGGCAUUCAGAAGAACGGACAGUCAGGCCUCCGUACAUGCCACCAAGAACUACGGCUCUACAAUAUGUUUUCAGGCCGCCACAGACAACGGAGCCGUUUCGUACGGACAUAGAACCAUCAACCGCAACACCGCCGGCUUCGUCUUCCAAAUAUGUUUGUGGAAAGCAAUCCAGUAAAAUGGUAAACCGUUUAUCGAUUAAUGGCGAGUUAGUUUCCAAAGGUCAGUUUCCGUGGAUAGUUCCUCUAUUUGACCGUACGCUAAGGAACGAUCCAAAAUUUUUCUGCGGUAGCACGAUCAUCACCCGAAAACAUCUAGUCACGGCUGCCCACUGUGUUUACCGAAUUGAUGAUUUCAUUCGUCCCGAAAGCAUUGUAGCGGUACCUGGAAUGCACAACAUCGACAACUUCCUAGACGAAAAUGCAAAGAUAGUCGAUAUAGAUCGCGUGAUUCCGCAUGAAGAGUAUAUCCAUGAUGACGACACAAACGACGCCGAUAUCGCCGUUCUGCGACUGAAAAGACAACUGGAACUGUCGGAUUAUGUCAUUCCAGUGUGCCCAUGGCAAAGCGAGAAUGACCUGUCAGGAAUCGUCGGGCAAGAGGCUAUACUGGCCGGUUGGGGUUUGACGGCGACAGGGGCUUCAUUUGUUCCUACCUUCAUAAAGAGCAUCAUAGUGGAUAGACAACAGUGUAACUUGAAUCUUCCACGUGUGUACUCUGCGAAUGCACGGAUAUUCUGUGGUGAUGGCCGAGGUUCGGCGCCCUGUAGGGGAGACUCCGGAAGCGGUUUGGUACUUAAGCGGGGAAAUCAAUACUAUCUACGGGGUGUGGUUUCCAGCGGAUUGCUCGAUCCUAACACGCAAAUGUGUGACGUAACAAAGUACGCUAUUUACACCGAUAUAGCGUUAUUCCGUUUCUGGCUGAAACAUGUGACGAGUGAAUGACAACAAAAUUAGUGUAUAAUUCUGAUUAAUCUCCGUAACAAGACUUUCUCCAACAAAUAGACUAGUUUUCAAAUAAUAAAUUUUUACUCAAUUUAAUGUAAUAUAAUAAAUGGUACAUCAUUUA